CUCAUUGGCUGGGCUGUGGCUGUGCCUUAAUGGCUGGGCUGUAGCUUUGCCUCACUGACUGGGCUGUAGCUGUCUUUCAUUGGCUGGGCUCUGGCUGUCUUUCAUUAGCUGGCUGUAAUUAUCGUUCAUUGGCUGGGCUGUGGCUAUCUCUCAUUGGCUGGGCUGUUGCCAGGGCAGGGGAAAACUUCCUUCCUCCUGCUAGGGCCGGGAAGUAGUGGCUAACAUACUAUGGACUGCAAGGUGCUGGACUUCCUAUUGGGUCUGCAAUUACCGGAAGUCAUAGGGCGCAGAGCUUUACCUGCCGGCCUCUCCACUCCAUUCUAAAAACGAGGGUUCCCCUUAUUAAUUUUCAGAUCCAUCCAGGGAUCUUGGCUGCAACAACUGAGGUAUUUGCCCAAUGGUUAUCGUCCAUUUCCCUCAUUCCAGGCGGAAUUUACUACACUUACUAACUGGAAGAGCCGUAGGGUUAGUCACAGGGUUAGGAAUUGCAGCACGGACGGACUCCAGGACCACUCACCGCAGGGACUCACCCCGUAAGUCCAAGCCCCGCCCCAACAUGGCGGCCCCAGGCGGGAGGGGGCGGGGCGCGUCAGGUCACGUGGCCGCGCCGCCGCCGACGUGGCCUCUAGCGGACGCCCCACGUGUCCCUCGCCGCGUCCCGUCGCCGCCCCAGCCCUGCGGACCCGAUCCCAAGAUGGCGGCGCCCAGCGAAAGGCGGAACGGCGGAGGUGCGAGCCUGUGGGCUGUGUUGCUGCUGGCGGCCGUGGCGUUGAGGCCGGCGGAGGCGGUGUCCGAGCCCACGACUGUGGCGUUUGACGUGCGACCUGGCGGCGUCGUGCACUCCUUUUCCCAGAACGUGGGCCCGGGGGACAAAUACACUUGUGCAUUCACCUACGCUUCUCAAGGAGGGACCAACGAGCUCCAGGCCUCGCUGCUUCUCCAGCUAGUCCUUCCACUAUGGGAUGAAGCCAAGUGGUGGAACGUUCCUCGUAAUGGGAGACAUCGCAGUGAUGCCCCCUGGAGCAGCUGGAACGGAAGUCUGAGAGGCCCCGGGGGCAUCCCUGCAGGGGUGUCGUCAGAAGAAAGCCCAGUUCCUGGUCGGCGCCCAGGAGGACCCGUGGUGGCGGGCGCACACAGCUCGGAGCCGGAGCCUCUGAUGCACUUGCUCCUUCGAUAAUGGUUUGUUUCUGCAGAGGGUCACCUAAGAAGCCAGUGCUGGCUGGGGACAGUAGGCACAGGGUGAUUCAUAAUCUCUCAGUGCUCGCCGGGAGGCCGUGCUCGGUGCGGAUGCAAACCAGCCAUUCCUUACAAAGUUAAAUGUACGCUCACCAUAUAACCCUGCACUUCACUGCGAGGUGUCAUCCCACUAGGAAUGAAAAGUCACCCACACAGAAAUGUGUACGUGACCCUUCACAGCAGCGGGAUUCACAGUGGCCAACAAGUAGAAACAACUUGGUGCCCAUCAGUGGGUGAACGGAUACACAUAAUGUGUCCCCCACUCGGGAGCGUCCCUCAGCCGCAAACAGGAGCCAGGCGCCCACGCGCACGGCCCCGGGGACGGACCCCGAGCCCACGACGCUCAGGGAGGGAACCAGACACAGAAGGCCACACAGGGUGUGAGUCCACGUGUGUGACACGCACAGAACAGGCUCAUCCGUGGGCGGGAAGG